AUGAACUCGACAUCCAUCGAUUUAGUGGCAGAGAUUCAUUCAUCUUCUUCUGAUGAAGAAAACGAAAUAUCUUUUUCAUCGGUUUCAAGGGUCUCUAGUGCAUGUUGUACUUCAUCUUUGUAUACGAAUAAACAAAUAGAAUUUUUCCUUCGAACAGACAAACAGAAAUAUCGUAUUUUGGCUAACGAAAACAACAAAAAGGCCACAAGCUGGUGGCGAUCAUUUGGUUUUCCCGCUGUUCUAAAUGAAAAGAACGGAUUUGAACGAAUUCAUGGUUACAUUAGUUGCACAAAAUAUUAUCGUACGUCAAUCUAUGGUUCGAAAAGUGGCACCAAACGAUUUAUCGAUCAUGCCAAUCGAUGCUCACCGUUAUCAUCCCAAUCUAUUCCUAAUCAAAGAAAUCCUGAAGAAUCACAAGCCACUUUGGACAAUAUCGUUAUCAAGAAAAAAGCUCACAUUACGACGAAAGAACAAAAUGAAAUCAAACAUUUGUAUGCUAAAUGGAUAUGUGAAGAUUUACGUCCUUUCACGAUCGUCGAGAAUAAUGGAUUCCAACAACUAGCACAAACAUUCAUUCGAUUAGGUUCUCAAUAUGGUUGCAUCGAUGUGAAAGAAGUGGUGCGAAGUAGACAAGCUGUUGCUCGAACAGUUGAUGAUUUAGCACAAAAACAUCGAACUAUUCUGAAGAGUGAACUUCGUGAACCACUGAAAGCACAAGCGAUAACGAUAGCACCGGAUUUUUGGACUAGCAAAUACAAUCAACAAGCUUUUCUCCAUAUGAUGCAUUAUAGCGAUUGCCGGGAAAUUCUUGGAAAUUAG